UGUGGCGUGUGAGUGUGAGUGGAUAUGCGCGAAAGAGAAAAUGAACAGUCGCUACUUACCAACAGGCGUUUGAGACAGUGAACCCAAGUCGGCUUAGUAGGAACGAGACAUAGCCUGUUCAAGGACUUUCCUCCCCUGCUUUGACAAUGUGGGAACAGGCGGAAUUUGAGAAGCACUGGAGGAAUGAGUUUCCCGACGGCGAAGCGCCCGUGAUGAACCUCGGCUCGGUGGAGGACAUAGAGGCAGAGCUGGAGAAAUGCAAAGCCAAUCUGAAGGUGUUACAGCAGGCGCUCUCGGAGGAGAAGUUCAAGGUGAUCUACCUGCAGACCACCAUCGCGCAGAAGAAAACUUGUGACUUUGAGAGACGGUGCAACAAGGGCAAGGCAGAUUCAAAGAAGGACAGUUCUUGCGACUCAGACAGCAAAGGCGGGGACGAGCCUUUCGUCCGGGACAUAACGUUACUCCGGGGCAGCAAGACAGGUAAACCCAUCCUCGUCCCUCCUCGGAAAAAGCCCGAUAUUCCGCGAGAACACUCAGCGGCGCGCGACAGCUCUCGGUGCGUUGCCGAGCAACGGAUAAACGAGCAGGACAGUGACCACGAGUUCGAGGACGUGGAGCUCAACGAAAACUUUCUGCGAAAAAACAUUCUCAACCCAAAGGGUAACGUCCGCGAGAGUCAGCGGCUGAAUCCUCGCGUCCGCUUGAGUCGAGAGCUGGACUCGGAUGAUGGCAGGCUGUCUCCUUCCCUCGCGCUCCGCGGCUCUCACGGGUCUGGACGCAGCACACCCGACGGAUACCUGAGCUCCGACCAUGACGACUCCUCCUCAACAGACUUUAACUACAACACUGAUGGCUAUGAGGGAGAUACUGCAGAGGACAGGAAGUCUCAGGAUGGCUCAGAGACCAUGCCAUUCAUUGACGAGUCGCCCACCAUGUCCCCUCACCUCUGCGCACGGGGACAGGACGGAGAGGCUGUCUCACCCACGCCACCAGAAGGGCUGCUGCUUAGGGGAGGCAUAGAGAAAGGUCUGGAGAUGAAGAAACUGGUUCUGUCUGGUUUCCUGGCCAGUGAGGGGAUCUAUAUUAACCAGCUAGAGGCAUUGCUGCUGCCCAUGAAGCCUCUUAAAGCCACAGCUACUACAUCAAAGCCAGUGCUGACAAUGGAGCAGAUUGACACUAUUUUCUUCAUGAUCCAAGACAUCUUUGAGAUCCAUAAGGAGUUUUAUGAUGCUCUUUCUCCCAACAUUCAGCAGUGGGAUGAGAAGGUCACUGUCGGACAUCUUUUCCAGAAACUGGCCAGUCAGCUCGGUGUGUACAAAGCCUUUGUGGACAACUAUAAAGUGGCAGUGGAGACAGCAGAGAAAUGCGGCCAGGCCAACAACCAGUUUCAGAAGAUCUCUGAGAAUCUGAAAGUUAAAGGUCCUAAAGAAUCCAAGGACUGCACCACAUCCGCCACCAUGGAGGCUCUCCUCUACAAGCCUAUUGACCGUGUCACUCGCAGCACUCUAGUCUUGCAUGACUUGUUGAAACACACUCCUAAGGAUCAUCCAGACUUCCCUCUGCUUCAGGAUGCUCUGAGAAUAUCCCAGAACUUCCUGUCCAGCAUCAAUGAAGAGAUCGACCCACGCAGGACUGCCGUGACCACACCAAAGGGAGAGGUUCGUCAGCUGGUGAAGGAUGGCUUCCUGGUGGAGGUAUCGGAGGGGACGCGUAAACUCCGUCAUGUCUUCCUCUUCACAGACCUUCUGCUCUGUGCCAAGAUGAAAAAGACCGCAGUUGGGAGACAUCAGCAGUAUGAGUGUAAAUGGUACAUCCCUCUGGCUGAUCUGAGCUUCCAGACUCUGGAUGACUCGGAUUCUCUCCCUCACGUCCAGACGCUCCCUGAGCAUGAGAUUGAGGAGAUGAAGAUCAAGAUCUCCUCCAUCAAAAGUGAGAUCCAGAAAGAGAAGAAAGCACAGAAGGCUCAGAGUCGUAAUGUGGAUCGUCUCAGGAAGAAGAUGAACGAGCAGGAGUCGUGUCUGCUGUUACACUCCCCCACCAUCCCAUUCCGCAUCCACAACAAACACGGCAAGAGCUUCCUGUUCUUGCUGUCCUCAGAUUAUGAGAGGUCAGAAUGGAGGGAGAGCAUUCAGAAACUGCAGAAGAAAGACCUCCAGGCCUGUGUGUUGAGUUCAGUAGAGCUACAAGUGUUGACCGGCUCCUGCUUUAAACUCCGAACUGUCCACAACAUCCCCGUCACCAGCAACAAAGAUGAUGAUGAAUCUUCUGGUCUGUACGGCUUCCUGCAUGUGAUCGUCCAUAAAGCCACGGGCUUCAAAGAAUCUGCCAAUCUGUACUGUACGCUGGAGGUGGACUCUUUUGGUUACUUUGUCAGUAAGGCCAAAACGCGUGUGUUCAGAGACACAACAGAACCACAGUGGAAUGAGGAGUUCGAAAUAGAGCUGGAGGGCUCUCAGUGUCUGCGGAUCCUGUGCUACGAAAAGUGUUACGACAAAUCAAAGCUCAAUAAGGACGAUAAUGAGAUUGUGGACAAGAUCAUGGGAAAGGGACAAGUACAGCUGGACCCACAGACUGUGCAGUCCAAAAACUGGCAUAUGGACGUCAUAGAAAUGAAUGGGAUUAAAGUGGAGUUUUCCAUGAAGUUUACCAGUCGGGACUUAAGUUUGAAGCGG